AUGGCUCCCUCUAAACCACCCAACCCCUCUUCUAAAGAAAUUUUAGAAGAAGCCCUUCAAAUCACUUCCUUAAACCUCAACAAUGCAAUGCAAGAGACACAAGAACAAAUGGAUGUAAGAUUUCAUCAACUCUCUAUGGAGUUAUCCAACCUACAAUCCCGAUUAGACAAAGACAAAUCGGAAGAGGACUCUAAAUUUGACUCCCUCAUGACAGCCAUCAAACAAAUCGCUACUCAAAAAGAGCCACAACAAGCUCUUACACCGAGUUCUACUACUGUUCAUGGGUCAGGCAGCACAAGCAGAUCUGCCACUGUUCACAGAUCCGACAGCGCUGCUAUGUCCGCUACUGUUCACGCUACUGUUCACGGAACAGUACCUCCCCCAAGCACUGUUACUGUUCACGAAACAGCUAUCCCUUCAGGUAUACCACAGAUCCCAUUUUCUAUUUCUAGGGUUCCUACUAUUAAUUUUCACAAUCUGUCACCUACAAACACACCUUUGAGAAAUUCUGCUACCUUCUCCAACACACAACCCCAACCUACACCCACAAGACACUUCAAUACUCACAUCCCAUCAUCCUUCAUACCCUACCCUCCUAUCCCUACUAUCUUAUCAUCUUCUCAACCUUUCAAUAUUCCCUUUUCCCAGCAGCCCCCUUUUUCCCAAAUUCCUCUCCAACACUCUUAUCCCAAUCUCUCCAAUAUACCACCAUUACCUACAACACGCACCCCAAAACUCGAACUCCCUAUGUUUGAUGGUUCCAACCCUCUUGAUUGGUUAUUUCAAGCGGAACAAUUUUUUAACUUUUAUAAUAUGCCACCGGAGAAUCGUUUAUCUUUAAUAUCCUUUUACAUGAAGGGUGAUGCUCUUAGUUGGUUUAAAUGGAUGCAUCAAAGUCAUUUGUUAACCGAUUGGUUUUCUUUUCUUAAAGCCUUAGAAUUACGUUUCGGUCCUUCAACUUUUGACAACCACCAAGCUGAAUUAUUUAAAUUGAAACAAGAGGGAUCGGUGGUUGAUUAUCAAACCAAAUUUGAAAAGCUAGGAAACCAAGUGGUUGGCUUGCCACCCGAUGCCAUACUGAAUUGUUUUAUUUCCGGCUUAACGAAUGAGAUUCAAAAUGAAAUGGCAAUUCACAAACCCAGCAACAUUUCACAAGCUAUUGGUUUAGCUAAAUUAAUCGAAUCUAAGUUGAAAGAUUCAAAACCCAAAUUCCAUAAACCCUUUGUAAACACUUUUCAUAAGCCUUCAGCCCCUUCAACUAACCCCAUGACCAAAACCCCUAACCUUUCAAUUCCCCAAACCCCAAGCCCAUUCAAAGCCCAAACCAGCCCUGCCCCAUCAAAAUUGCCAAUAAAAAAACUCUCCCAAACCCAACUACAAGAGCGUAGAGCCCAAGGCCUAUGUUUUAAUUGUGAUGAAAAGUUUUUUAUUGGGCAUAAAUGUUCCACCAGCAGAUUUCUAAUUCUUAUGGCGGAUGAAGAUCCUACUUGUGAGCCCACUCCUAUGGAAGAUAGUGUCGAAUCGGAAAUUGAGCAAGACUUGAAUGAUACCUAUUUCCAGCUCUCUCCUCAAGCUUUAACGGGACAAUUCUCACCACAAACACUAAAAUUCAAAGGCAACAUUGGUGGUUUAUCAGUAAUGGUGUUGGUUGACACCGGUAGUACCCAUAACAUUUUGCAACCCAGAAUUGCCCAACAUCUCAAUCUCACAUCUACACCCAUUACUCAAUUUUCAGUCAUGGUGGGAAAUGGUUCCCACUUAAAGUGUGAAGGCAUUUGCAAUAACGUUCCUAUCACGUUGCAAAAAGAACUUUUCCAUAUUCCUUUCUAUCUAUUGCCAAUUGAAGGAGCAGAUGUUGUGCUUGGAAUGGCUUGGCUAAGAACAUUGGGUCCUUUGCAAGCGGAUUUUUCCAUUCCGUCCAUCUCUUUUACCCAUCAUGAAAAUAAUAUCACUUUGAAAGGAGAUCCCACAGCCCACCCAUCCCAUACUACUUUUCACCAACUUAAACAACUUAUUCAUACAAAUUCUGUUGCUUCUUACCACCUCAUGAUUUUCCAAAACCAUGACACUCCAAACACUUUUUCCCAGCCCGACCCCAUGUUAACACCCUCACCAAACCUGAAUCCAGAAAUUCAAAGCCUUCUCACAAAAUACCAAAGCAUUUUUCAACCUCACGAAGGACUUCCCCCAACAAGACCUCAUGAUCACCAUAUUCCCCUUAUCCCUAAUACAACCCCCAUCAAUGUUAAACCAUACCGUUACCCACACUCCCAAAAAACUGCCAUGACUUCAAUUAUUCAGGAUAUGUUGAAGGAGGAAAUCAUUAAACCUAGUCACAGCCCCUUUUCCUCACCCGUUUUAUUAGUAAAAAAAAAAGAUGGCACAUGGAGAUUUUGUGUCGAUUAUCGCGCCCUCAAUGCAGUAACAAUAAAAGAUCGUUUCCCAAUCCCAACUAUUGAUGAACUUUUGGAUGAGCUAGGCAAUGCUACAUAUUUUACCAAGUUAGAUUUACGCUCAGGCUACCAUCAGAUCCGCGUUGCAUCGGAAGACACACAUAAGACUGCUUUUCGGACUUUCGAUGGGCAUUAUGAAUUCCUCGUAAUGCCUUUUGGGCUAACUAACGCCCCUUCCACAUUUCAAUCAGCUAUGAACGAUUUACUAAGGCCCUACUUACGUAAAUUCGUUUUAGUUUUUUUUGAUGAUAUACUAAUUUACAGUAACAAUUUCUGUGAUCACCUAUCUCACUUGCAGGUUGUUUUUGAACUAUUGGAAUCUAACGCUUUUGUAGUGAAGCUAGCUAAGUGUGUUUUUGCAGUUAAACAAGUUCAUUACCUAGGCCAUGUUAUUUCAGUAGGUGGUGUUGCUCCUGAUCCAGAAAAAGUGCAAGCCAUGUUGGAUUGGCCGACACCACGUUCUCUCACGCAUCUCCGUGGUUUUUUGGGCCUCACCGGAUUCUACCGACGUUUUGUUAAAAACUACGCCACUCUCGCCGCUCCUCUCACCGAUUUAUUGCGUUCCACUAAGUUUGAAUGGAGUACAGAGGCGGCCGUAGCCUUUACAGAAUUAAAGAAACGGAUGACCGACAUGCCGGUCCUGUCUCUGCCAGACUUUACAAAACAGUUUAUAAUUGAGACGGAUGCUUCAGCUGUGGGUAUUGGGGCGGUGCUCUCCCAAGAUGGUCACCCUAUCGCCUUCUUCAGCAAGAAACUUUGUCCUAGGAUGCAAGCCGCUUCGGUGUAUGUUCGAGAGAUGUUCGCUGUAACAGAAUCAAUCUAA